UUAGCUAUAGCUGCUGAAAUUUAAAAUGCUCGGAAAAAUCGGUCUCGUUUUGUGCCUUCAGGCUGCUUUAUUGCAGUCCAUCUCCGCCCAAAAGUGCGGCUGCUCCUGCGACGAUUUCGACGGUUUCUCCAAAACCGCGACCUACUCCACCGGAGGGCCCGUGACCGUCACCUGCUCCGGACCUCUCUCCAGCAACGGAGUGUCUCUUCUCUCCGAACUGUCCAUGGAAGGGUCUCUGGACGUGAAAGGCUCCAUGCCUUUCCUGAGCGCUGUCGCAUUAGAAGGCACCAUCGGAACCACUGGCUGCGGAACUGUGGCUUACGGAUGUGGAGACGGCAACAUCGUGAUCGUUCAGGAGAAUGGGAACCCGAGUGGCAGCAAUGCUGCCUCGAAGAACGGCUUGUCUCUGGCUAAUCUUGCCCAGUGUGGAUGCAGAUACCGAUGAUUUUAAAGUUUUUUUUUAUAAAGAUA